ACCUUUUUCAGUGCAGCACUGAACGCUGUACCGACUGGGGUGGCUACAGUAAGGCACUGGAAAACACGACGAUUCCGAAACGAACACAAGUAAUAAACCCUUCGUAAAUGGGUUUAUUAUCACAACAGUCGUUGGUUUUCGUCUCGCUUUUUCAAUCAACCGACUACAGUGAAUGGAUUGUAUCAUUUUUUGCUCGCCAAACUGCCUUACGACGACCAGUCAUUAACCCCAGCAGGACAUUUGACGUUCGAGGAAGUCUCGGUCUGCCGUUAUGAUGGCAGUCUUCAGUCCGCAGGUGCUUAUGGCUGUAACAAGAUCAAGGGGGUCUUAUCUGCUGUCUAAACGGCACAGCUGCUGCCCCCUUCCCUCCACCGCCUACCUCCAGCUCCACCUGGACUCCCACGCACGCCUAUCCACCCCACCCCCUCUCAGACACUCCCGAGCUGGAUACCCCCACUGCUCGCGGGCCCACGGACCCCCCCGCCCCCACAGCACCUCCCUGCUGGCCAGAUCGCUACACAGCAGCUGUGUCUGGCUCCAGGACACCAAACAGGACUCCCAGCCCCUUCCCGGUGCCACCCCAGCCCAGGAUGACCCCCCCGGGGUUAAGAAAGACCCUGCUGCCCCUCCGCCUCCAUCCACCCCGACACCAGCUGCCACAGCCGCGUCGCUACCUCCGGCCCAGGAGAGGGCAGUAGUGAGGAAGUCUGUUGGCCAGAGGAUAGUGGAUGAGAUGAAACACUACUAUAACGGCUUCCGUCUCCUGGGGAUCGACACCAAGAUCGCGGGGAGGAUGGUGUGGAGGCUGUUGCAUGGACAGCUGCUCUCUCGCAGGGAGAGGAGGCGGUUGAUGAGGACCUGUGCUGACCUGUUCCGCCUGGUCCCCUUCAUCGUCUUCAUCAUCGUUCCCUUCAUGGAGUUCCUCCUGCCGGUCUUCCUGAAGCUCUUCCCCGAGAUGCUGCCCUCCACCUUCGAGACGGAGGACAAGAAGGAGGAGAAACAGAAGAAGGGUCUGGCUGCCAAGCUGGAGCUGGCCAAGUUCCUGCAGGAGACGAUAGCAGAGCUGGCUCUCAGGAACAAGGCCAAGGCCCUGACGGAGGACGAGACCCAGCGCUUCUCCACAUACGUGCAGAAGGUACGUCACACGGGCGAGCAGCCCACCACCAAGGACAUCGUGAAGUUCUCCAAGCUGUUCGAGGACGAGCUGACCCUGGAGCACCUGGAGCGCCCCCAGCUGGUGGCGCUCUGCAAGCUGCUGGAGCUGCAGCCCAUCGGCACCAACAACCUGCUGAGGUUCCAGCUCAUGAUGCAGCUGCGCACCAUCAAGACCGACGACGAGAUGAUAGCUGGGGAGGGCGUGCCGGCCAUGAGUGUGUCAGAGCUGCAGGCAGCCUGCCGUAGCCGAGGGAUGAGGUCUCUGGGGCUCACCAGCGACCAGCUACGCCAGCAGCUGCAACAGUGGCUGGACCUGCACCUGAAGGAGAAUGUGCCUCCUUCCUUGCUCCUGCUCUCCAGAGCCAUGUACCUGACCGACCUCAAACCCAAGCCCCCCAUCAUCCCGCCUGUAGCCAAACUAGAGAAGUCUCCACCUCCUGUGGAGAACACUGAAGCAGUCCCUCCUUCAGUCUCAGCUGAGAUACUAGCCGACCCGGCUCUCAUCAUCAAGGACAGACCGAUCGAGGAGUUGAAGGACAAGGCUCCUGUGCUGUCAGACAAGCCUCUGACCCCGGCGCAGGUCAUCCAGGCCAAGGCGGCAGAGAUGACCCCGAAGAGCAAGAUGAGUGCAAACGGCGUGUGAGGAGGAGGAAGAGGAGGGAGGGAGAGAGAGGGACACGGGCUAGAGGUCGGAGCCAUCAUCUGCUUCACUGCUUCUGCAAGACCAGAAGAUGGAGGGAAUCUCCCCCUCCCACCCCCCCAAAAGUGCUGAUGUCAGACCAAGACCUGAUCGUUAUUGGUGCUAGACUUCUGGAACCUUCCCACCCUAACAGUUUUUGCUAGCCAGGACCAUCCUCCCAUCCCCCUCCCGUCCUCACCCCAGGACACACCUCUCUUCACCCUCCCCUCCCUCCCCCCUCUCCUCCCCGUCCCCCUGACCCCCAGACACCCGCAGCUGGCUCCUCUCAGACACUCCAUUCACUCAAACACCAGAGGUGGACAGGAUUGUUCUCCCCUGCUGACAUGGUUCCCUGCGACCGGGGACUAAAACCUGCUUCAUCCAUCGACGUCAACAGAGAUUGUAUCGUUUCGAAGGACGUCAGGUCCUCUGGUCGGCUGGCCUGGACUCUCUCCCCCACACCCCCCCUUCCCACCCCCCUUGUAUAUGUGUAAAUAGUGUGUAAAAUGUUGUCUUGCUCAGGAGGCUGGUCCAUCGCUGCUCUCUGCACUCUGCUAUGCCACUCCCUCAAACUGUCCUGAGAGAGAAGGGGGAAAAAAAAAGAGUUCUAUGAACUUGACCCUUCUGGUUAUUUUUAAUAAUUAUUAUUAUUUUUGUUUUUGUCGCGUGUAAAUAUAAAGGCCGGGCUCGGCCGUCUCGCCGUCGGGGGUGAGGUGAGGUGAACACGUGCCGUCAGAGUCGGGGUGGAUGCGACGCCUCAGUCGUAGACCCCGUCUGCUCCUGGGAGAGGCAGCGGCAGAGACGCCCCUGUGUGGCUCUGAGGGCCGUCGUCCAGCAGGACUGUGUUCUGGGGCUAAACCCUCAACCUCUGUCCUCCUGAGCUGUCCUCAGAUCGAUCUCCGGGACUCUCUACCGCCUGCCGAAAUCCCGGGGACUCCCGACAUCCGGGGUGUAGAUGGGGGGUCAGGCAAACUUAGGAUGUCGGCGUUAAACCCCUGACUCUGUAAUGUGUCUCAACUCAUGAGCUAACGACGUGCAGGUCCGUGUCCGGCCUCUCGGACUGAAAUGAAGUGGCAUUGUGUAUUUAGAGGACUAUGAAUAGCAGAUGAACACUGGUUGAUUUAAUCUGAUUGUAAGAGAGCGCCUUCCCUCCCUCCUCCUCCUCCUGGAGACACAGCGGAGACGCGCAAGGCGCGGUCAGGCAGACUCGAGCGCUGCGGUCGUACUAGACCUGCUGCGGUCGGUCAGGUCGACCGGGCUGGAAACUGCUCUGCUCGCCUCCUUGUAAUCAAUUGAACAGGAAAUCUGUGUAAACAUUUUUAUUUUGUAUUGAGUAUACAGUGGUUAUAUUGUGUUAAUGCUAAAGUACUACUACUACUACCCUUGAUUCAUAGUAAUCAAAUUGGAGAGAGAAACUUGACGUUUUAUUGAGUAAUAUUACUGGAUAAUGUUUUAUCCAAAACCUGUUAUUACGACUUAAGGUAGUGAACAAUCUGAUGAGGAGAAAAAAAUUAGUGUUAAAUAAUUUAUUGGAGCUAAAGUGGCCCGAAAGUUUACCCUCAACCUUUGACCCCCCCCCCAACAAAUUAACAUCUUUAUUUAAUUUCUUCCCGUGGUUCGAAAAGAGCUUAAAUAUAUAUAUGGAGCCCCUUGUGUGACCACGAGAUCUCCAUAUUUGCUACUUUGUCAGAAGUUCACUACUAUAACGACCUAGGAUUUACCACAUGAACAUGUGUGUGCAUUAGAUGCUUCUGUGUUUGGUUGUGCGUGUUUGAUUGAUGAUGCCUUAGCCUCUGGGACCCCCUCUCUCCCUACAGCAUUUAACCAGGGGACUCUGUGAACAAAAGGAGGCCACUACUUUCUGUCAGUCGACCCUCAGCCCCCCUCUCUAAUGAGCUUCGUACUAAUUGUAUGUUAGCAUUAGCAUGGCCCCGUUUUAGUGAAAGACUUGGUGGAAGCUCCUGCCGUAUUUCCUAAUGCUGGGGCGCUAAUCAUCACUCCUACAGGCUUCACAUCUCUGCUAGGCUUCAGUCCUGCCUGGUUCAGCUGCUAGCGCUCUGCCUGGUUCAGCUGCUAGCGCUCUGCCUGGUUCAGCUGCUGGCGCUCUGCCUGGUUCAGCUGCUGGCGCUCUGCCUGGUUCAGCUGCUGGCGCUCUGCCUGGUUCAGAUGCUAGCGCUCUGCCUGGUUCAGAUGCUAGCGCUCUGCCUGGUUCAGCUGCUAGCGCUCUGCCUGGUUCAGAUGCUAGCGCUCUGCCUGGUUCAGCUGCUAGCGCUCUGCCUGGUUCAGCUGCUAGCGCUCUGCCUGGUUCAGCUGCUAGCGCUCUGCCUGGUUCAGCUGCUAGCGCUCUGCCUGGUUCAGCUGCUAACACUGGUACAUCUAGACAUACCACACUCCACAGGCUUCCCACGCGACAGUUUAUUUUUGAUUUUUACUGAUUGACCUUUUCAUUCGAUUUUUCCAACCAAAAAUAUAAACUUGUUGUCGUUCAGGGUGUUGUCUCUGCGAGGCACUUUUACCUCAUCUGUCUGUGGAAAGUCUCCUGUCCCCUCAACCCCCGCCCCCUGUUCAGACAGAAUCUCUAUCCCCCCUCGUCCCUUUCCCCUCGCCCCUCAUGACCAUCCUGGGCCGAGGUGCAAGCCGUCACCACCUCCUGCGGCCUUUUCACAUUGCAAAGGAAAGGAAGUGAGGGAAGCAAAGGUGUGACACGAACGGGUUAUGCACGAAAACAAAUGAAAAUGACAGAGUGAAAACAUUGUGACUCGCAUGUUUUAAUGCCAAGCCCAGCCUUAGAACCCGCCCCUCUUUGGAAAAUUAAAAGUAUUGGAAAUGGAAUGGUUAAACAGCAGAAUGGAACUGCUGGGCGCUGCCCCUUUGUACACAGAGUUAGCGGCAUGGUGUGGGGGGGGGGGGGGGGGGGGGGGCGGGGUAUUGGGAUUGAAAUUGUGGGUGAGCUCUAGCUGACCUAGAACGUCCAGAUCUUCAUAAGGAGUUUAACAAGGAUCAUGUAACUGAAUAAAGGCCCUUCGGACAUGGA